CCGUGGUGUGGCUCGUCCCGCUUCACUGCGCAUGCGCUCCACUCCAGCAUCACACCGGUGCUGUUAGCCGUUAGCAGCGACGAUGCCGACUGUCAGCGUUAAACGGGACCUUCUCUUCCACGCUUUGGGGAGAACAUACACUGAUGAAGAAUUCGACGAGCUCUGCUUCGAGUUCGGCCUCGAGCUGGACGAGAUUACAUCGGAGAAGGACAUAAUCAGCCGCGAGCAGGGCGAUCAGAAAGCCGAGGGAGCCUCGGAGGUGGUGCUGUAUAAGAUCGACGUCCCAGCCAACCGAUAUGACCUGCUGUGUCUGGAGGGACUCGUCCGAGGACUGCAGGUCUUCAAGGAGAAAAAGGAGGCCCCCCGUUACAGGCGUGUGAGUCCAGUGAGCGGAGACCCACAGCGGCUCGUCAUUACUGAGGAGACGGCGAGUGUGAGGCCGCACGCGGUGGCUGCUGUGCUGCGGAACAUCACGUUCACGCCGGAGCGCUACGACAGCUUCAUCGAGCUGCAGGAGAAGCUGCACCAGAACAUCUGCAGGAAAAGGACGCUGGUCGCCAUAGGAACCCACGACCUGGACACCAUCUCAGGGCCGUUCACGUACACGGCUAAAGCGCCGGAGGAAAUCCGCUUCAGACCGCUCAGUCAGAGUCAGGAGUACACGGCCACUCAGCUCAUGAGCCUCUACAAGACGGACAGCCACCUAAGACAUUAUCUGCACAUCAUUGAGGACGAGCCGCUUUACCCCGUCAUCUACGACAGCAACGGAGUCGUCCUGUCCAUGCCACCCAUCAUCAACGGUGAUCACAGCAAAAUUUCGGUCAACACAAGGAACGUUUUUAUCGAGUGCACAGCCACGGACCUUACUAAGGCAAAGAUAGUAUUGGACAUGAUUGUGACCAUGUUCAGCGAAUACUGCGCCGAGCCGUUCACGGUUGAGGAGGCGGAGGUGGUGUAUCCUGAUGGCAGGAUGAUCUCCUAUCCUGAGCUGGCCUAUAGGACGGAAACCCUUUCAGCAGACUUCAUCAACCGCAGAGUCGGCAUCAAUGAGACAGCUGAAAGCAUCGCCCAUCUCCUGACCCGGAUGUGUUUGAGGUCAGAGGUCACAGGUGAAGCCGGUCAGAUACAAGUUGAAAUCCCACCCACUCGCUCUGAUGUCAUCCACGCCUGUGACAUCAUGGAAGACGCCGCCAUGGCGUACGGUUUCAACAACAUCACCAGGACAAAGCCACGCACUUACACAGUAGCCAAUCAGCUCCCUCUGAACAAGCUGACUGAGCUGUUGAGGUCGGAUCUGGCAGCAGCGGGAUUCACUGAAGCUCUCACCUUUGCCCUGUGUUCUCGAGAGGACAUCGCUGAUAAACUGGGAAAGAACAUCACAGAGACGAGAGCCGUACACAUCUCCAACCCUAAAACGGCUGAAUUCCAGGUGGCGAGGACUACACUUCUGCCCGGGCUCUUGAAGACCGUGGCUGCAAACAGGAAGAUGGCGCUACCGCUCAAGUUGUUCGAGAUCUCAGACGUGGUGCUGAAGGACGAAGAGAAAGACGUGGGAGCACGCAACAACAGGCGUCUGUGUGCGGUUUACUACAACAAGUCACCAGGCUUCGAAGUCAUCCACGGCCUCCUGGACCGACUCAUGCAGUUGCUGGAUGUCAAACCGGGUCGUAACCAUGGCUACCACAUCCAGGCCUCAGAAGACUCCACCUUCUUCCCGGGCCGCUGUGCUGAAAUCUUUUUUGGUGGGAAAAGCAUCGGACGCCUCGGUGUCCUUCACCCCGAUGUCAUCAACGCCUUCGACCUCACCAUGCCCUGCUCCGCCCUCGACGUCGACAUCGAGCCCUUCCUGUGAUGUCACUAAUUAAACCACACACACAACUAGCCAUGCCCAUGAACAUUACAUGUAAUAGCUGUUACUGAUGCAUCCUGUAGCUCCGCCCAUAUCAGGAAGCAGUGGGCGGAGUCUUCUCUCUGUGUUGGGUUUAGGGUGAAGGGCACGACUCUCGGCCCCUUCACAGACGGCUUUAUCUUAUUGCCAGUGCAUCGUAAUCAUUAAUAAACAGAUAUCUCUAUGUACUUACA